AUGGCCUUAACUGUGCAAGACAGAGCCGUUGGGGCCAUUAUCGGGGCUGCGGUAGCAGAUGCAGCAGCCCAGCCCAUGCACUGGAUUUACAAUCCAGACAGACUUCGAGAAGUUCUUGCUGACCUGGAACCCACACCAGAGUUUCGUGCAGACUCGGCAAAUCCUUUCUACCGCAGGAAGACAGGCGAGCAGACGUGCUAUGGCGACCAAGCUUACGUCCUGUUGGAAUCACUGAGUCAGUGUGGAGGUGUUAAUGUGGAGGAUUUCACUCAACGUAUUUACAAGUUCUUUGGACCCGGGACAGUGUACGACCUGCCUCUUAAUGACCCCUACCGCCAGAAAGGAGGUCCCAAAGCCGUCCUUCCAAUUGAUGGUCCUUGGAGAAAUGGAAGCCUCAAAGCUUUCUUCAGAAAUGUGGAUGCAGGCAAAGAAGAAACUGGCUGUGACAAGGACUGUCAAAUGGACGGCGUCACUAAACUGGCUCCAAUUGUGGCCCUUCAUGCUGGCCAACCUGAAAUGCUGGAGAAAGUGGAGAAAGUGAUAAGGGUGACCCAGAAUAAUGAUAUGUGCGUGGCUGUGACAUUGGCUGCAGCUAGAUUUUUGGAACAUUUUAUUCUGAAUGGUCCAAGUUCCGAAGCUCUGGAAGCAGUUUUGGCUCAGUUGAAUGACCCACAAAGACAGAACCCUCAAGAGCUUGACAAUGCAGUUGCUGCACAUAUCCGCCAGGUGAAGAACAACAUAGGCAAGACAUCCCAGCAGCUUAUUCCCUCUCUCUACACAAACACAUGAGCUUUGCCUGGUGCACUCCAAGGAGCGCUACAUGGAGUCCUGACAUUGAGCCAGUUGGAUGAAGCUGUCAGGGACACCAUGCGCUGCGGGGGAUGCACCGCCAGCCGAGCCUCCUUCAUUGGAGCCUGCUUCGGGGCACAGACUGGCCUCCAAGGAAUCCCAGAGACUUGGAAGAAGAAGACACUCAGAUAUCCUCGUCUGCUCGAGCUAGCUGAAAGCAUGUUCCAAAAAACUGCGUAA